CCUGAAUGAAAGCCAACAAUUGAACAAACCAACAACUUUUGGCUGCUCUGGUUUACUGUCCCUGCUUCUGUUACUCUGUUUUUCUUGGAGGAAGUGAUAAACUUUCUAUACAAAAUCUCUCCUUCUCUUUGAAGCUUAAAGUGCUGGAGAAAUGUAUGCAGAUACUGGGAUUGUGUGCCCUUAUUUUCAGAAUUUCUAUCAGGAAGUUCAUCAACUUGAGGAGUACUGUAAAACCCAGAAGCCCAACGCUUCAAUGGGCAACCUGGUUCAUGAUGCCAUAUCAGAAUAUGACCUGGGAGGAGAAGGGGAUCUAUUCAAAGCUCCGGAACCCAUCAUUGAAGAACCAGUUGUGAGCCUUGAUCCCAUGACAGCAGCCAUCUCAAUGAUAUCUUGUGGGGAAGAUGUUAUCUCCACCCAAGGACUCAAGGUUGCAGGCAUUGAAUCACUCCAAAGUGAGCCGCUUUUGAGUGAUGUUUUCUAUGAGUGCAGGAAAGAUCUCUUGGAAAAAGCAGGAAUAGAAGCACCUCUCUCGGAAGUCCUUGGUAUGAAGAUUCCUCUUUCGGGGACUGCUGAAAACCAAAUUCAAGAAAACAAACCACUUCCUGAUGUACCAUUUCAGAAAAGUGUCAGCUCAGAAUGUUUAAGCUCAAUGGAUUGGAUGCAUGGAGUUGCAGUGAAACCAAAUUUCCUGGAUUUUCCUGGGAUGGAUUUUGGUGCAGUUUACGGGAUGCGGAGAGCAUUUAGUGAAGGAGACAUUAAGACUCUUGGUAAUGGCAUGAGCCUCAUCCAUUCUCCCCCUGAUCGUCCAUUGAUCAUCAGCAACUCCACUACUGAAGAGCGCCGGGAAAAGCUCUCCAGAUACAGGAAUAAGAAGACAAAGAGGAACUUUGGCAGGAAAAUCAAGUAUGCUUGCAGGAAGGCUCUUGCUGACAAUCAACCAAGGAUCCGUGGAAGGUUUGCAAAGACUGAAGAAUCUGAUGUCAAGAGGCAAUAACUGUUUAACUGAUUCAGUACAAGGAAGCGCAGAGAAGAAGCUAGAUUCAAUGAAGUAAUGAAAGAGAUAGCUUAAGCCUGGAAAAUAGACUUGGACUCGGUGGAAAGUUUGAAUAGGUAUCGCUUAAUAAACCAGACCCCUACUACUUCCUAGACCUGAUCUCUUUAUUUGUAGUAAUAACUGCCAUGUAGACUGAGAUGCACGAGUGGAGUUGUACAUAAGGUUUGCUAAUAAAAGGGGAAGCAGAAAUUCUACUUGUUCA